AUGUCGCUUGUCGGGCUGACGAAACUGGUUGUGGAAGUGCUUCUCAACGCUUUUCUGUUGAUAGUACUACUUACCGCACGAACAUUGCAUACACCGUUCACGAUUUAUCUCGUUAACCUGGUCAUCGCGACGCUGCUGUUUAUCAUACUCUUCGAGCCGAUUAGUAUUAUGUACUCACUGGACGCAUUCCGUUCGCGAUUGGGCGAAAAGGUGUGUGGAUUAUUUAAAUAUGCCACCUACAAUCUGCCGGAUGUCAUCGUGCAGACUCACAUUGUCAUCACCCUUAACCGCGUGUGGGCCAUCCUCAAACCGCACCAUUACCAGCGGCGACACAGUCGUAAACUGGCCAUCGGCUUCUGCCUGUGGACUUGGGUAUAUCCCCACGUCAUCGUUGUACCAGGGUUAAUACUAGAUGCGACGGUGUACAAUAUUCCCGUGACGCAGAUCAGCUUUUGCAUGUUGAAUAUGAAAGCCUUGCGUGGCUGGCUGAUGGCACGAGCCAGCGCUAUGAUGUUACUACCCAUACUGUUUUUGAUCUGCGCCAACGUGUGCUUGAUGUUCUGGCGGGCGCGCUGGUUUAAGCGGGAAGUCAGCAUUGUUGUGCAGGACUGCACUGAUGUAACGGAAAAACCCGUUUCUACGGCGGCAACAACGCCGACGACCGUCAAGAGGGAGAACAGUCGUGGCUUACUGCUGCUAAUCGGACUGACGGUUAGCAUGGCAGUGUGCUGGAUUCCCGGAGCAACGUGUAUGAUGUACAUGACCUUUGCUAGUGGAUUAAAGUCACAAAAUGGUCCGGAUUUAAUGACGUGGGCGAAAGUCAGCGGCUACAUGUUCUCCAUGCAGACCAUUGUAGAUCCGGUCGUCAUAAUCCUGACCUUUAGAGACUUCAAGAAGGUUGCCAAAAGUUAUUUCACGAAUCUGGUUAAUAUUUCUCAUAAAAAAUCGCUUCAUCCCUGA